ACAUAUAUAAUGUAGCCCACAGGUAGUGCACACAUAGUCAACAGAAAUUCCUGUUGACUUGAUCAGCAAGAAGUAAAAGUCAACAGACUGUCAAUGUAGGAAAUAAAGAGUACAUAAGAAGUCUGUAGAAAGGCAAAAUUCAUUUUCAUAAGGGUAACACACAAACUUUUCAGCUGUGCAGGGAGUUGAUCUACUUGCAUAAAGUGGCCUCAAGGAGCCCAACACAGCAAAGACCACGUACCGCUUGCGACACGGUUGUCAGAGCCGUAUAUAGAGAGAGUUUGGCCAUCUUUUGAUCAUUUGCCGCUUCACGGGCGGAGCCUGUUUUGACGUCAGAGUCUGUGUUGCACUUCCCAAAAAGCCUGAAUCCAAGCAAAAUCCGCUUAUCAGCCAGCAGGUAGGCGCCAUUUUGAUGCAGUUCACCGGCUGGUCGACCUGUACUUUUGUCGCGCUCAAUGUAAUCUACCAGGGUCGCCGGCUUAUCACCCACAAGCGCCUGUGAAAUGGAGGUUUUAUUGUUACCAAACUAAAAGGAUUCAAGGACGAAGGAGCCUCGAAGGACGCGGUACGCACGUGUCUUCCCCCUCGCAUCGUGACCAACGCUUUGCAUCAACAUGGCGUCGGCGACAGUUGACCCAUCCCAAAUCCCAUCCCAUCUCAAAUCUCGAGGUGUUGCAAGAUCAUAUAUUUCGAAUAAGAAACACGUGUAGCAUAUCGUCGACCUUCAAAUAGAAUAUUGUAACAAAAUUUUCGAUGGCAGUCAAGGAAAUGUUGGCUGCAGAGCUACUGACAAGCGAUUUCAGACAACCGUGUCGCGAGCAGUACGUCUCGCUUUGCACCGCUAGCUCGUUAUUAGUGAAAAUGGUCAAUGGAGUCACCCUAGGCACGAGAUGAAACACGCAAAUUUCUCAGUUGUGAACACAGUUGAUUUACUUGCAUAAAGUGGCCUCAAGAAGCACAUUUAGGGAAUACCAAGUGCGUCUCGCGUUGCUCCGUUUCUUCUUAUUAGAGGAAAGGGUCAAUGACGUAACCCCCUAAGCAAGCUGGGAAAUACACAAAACUUCUCCGCUGAGCAGACAGUUGACCUGCUUGCAUAGAGUACUCAACCUGCAAAAAUACCCUGAAGGGACAUCGUUCUGUGCGGGACUCAGCCUACUGCCGCGACAUAAAGGAGCCCAGAAAGCCGUCUAUUUUUUCCUGUUACUGACGCAAUAUAUCUCCUCCAAUAUAAGCACCUUCUUGCUGAGGCUUGCUGUGUGCUGAUGUAAUUUGUGUUACAGGUGGGCUACCCCAGUCAUCGGUCUUGCAUGUUUACUUGGGCUUCUGCUGGUAAUCGGGGCCAUGGUCACUGGCUUCCUAGUGAGUUCCGAAAGUGAGACUAGUCCCGAUGACGCCGCAGCAUCUGAGGCGGAAUAUUAUGGUUCUCAUACAGCGAGGACGACGAUCACAACAACGCCCACAACAAUGACGCCCACAGAAAAGACGACCACAACAACAACGCCCCCAAGAACCACUGCCACCACGACGACAACCACAACAACCACGACAACCACAACAACCACGACUACAACAACAACCACGACUACAACAACCACGACUACAACAACUACGACUACAACAACCACGACUACAACCACAACCACGACUACAACAACCACAACAACGACAACGACCACGACCCGGGGCCCGAUAAAGAUGACCCUGCUGUGCACAGUUGGCAUAUACGGUGUAGUGAGCCAUCAAUAUCCAGAAGAUGGAUUGUGCGACCUCCUCUAUUACAACGACAUAUUCGUAGGAAAUAACGGCAAACGAUUCGAUCCCUCGACGGCGGAACUCUUUGUUCAACGAUCGGAUUCUUCAAAGAAUACAGAGUUUGGCUUCUCCAUCGACCAUCGGUCUUUGGAUAACGCCAAGCGAACAAUCCAAAGAAGCAAGACGGAGGCUUUCAAUGAGCUCUGCCCGAAGAAGAUCCGUCAUCACGGUGUCCUCAACAUGCCCUACCCAACAAGACAUAAAGCCAUCGAGCUUCUCCCCGAACUGCAAAGGUUGUACGAUGCCAACCGAAAAAAGAUCAACGUCACAACCUACUACAAGGCUAUCGGUAUUAACCCUGAUUCUCCGGACAUCAAUGGCUUGGUGGAAAGCCUCAUACACGCCGGAGCGAACGUGGUCGUUCUACGAACGCACAUUUCAUCUUGGGACAGCAGUGAAACUAAAGGCAUUGCCGCCGGGACGAUGUGGGAAAACCCACUGAGUAUUGGAAAGCCUGAGAUGUCAUCUGUCAUGGACCAGGUGCUGGCAAUGAACACCGGGACAGCUACAAUGAUGCUGUCUUUCACCAUGGGAGUCGGGCUCUUCAGGUGGACAAACAAUUUGCAAGGCGCCGUCACAGACCAUGACAGUAGAGUCGGGACGCCUUCCCAGUUUAUUCUUGUCGACUACGAAGAGACGUGUAUGGACGCACAAAGUGAAAGAGCCUCCAAAUAUAUGGAUCCCGAACAUAUUUUCAUCGCUGGCGACCAGAGCCUUAAAGUCCGGUACAUCUACGAAAAAAGUUCUUCAUUGACGGCGAAGGUGCAAUUCGUGAUCGAUAAGAUAAAAGCUUUCUCAAGCCCGGUCACACUCGGCUUCGCUCUUUUCGACAUGGAAUACGAGUGCUACGUCGACAACUGCUGCGGCACCAGAAAAUACGGCAGGGUCAAAGACUUCAGGAAAUGCACCGAAAAGCACGGACUGUCGCCUUGUUAGCUGUCAAGGAAAGAAACAGAGAAAGAAUCUUCAAUGUGAAUAGGAACCGCCGCCAGGGGGCGCUCAGUGGAAGUAUCUCUACAAUCAAUAAAUACGCUGUCCUCCGUGAUCCCAUGAAGAACAAUUUAACGUAAAAUAGUAAAAUAGUUUAAGCGUAAUAAAUAUCUUGCUCUGGU